AUGUCAAGCAAAGAUACCGUGAAUAUCAUGUACUUGAACGUGUCGUUUCAAGGCAUGCUGUUGCUCCAGAGUCACAACAUGACCUACUUUGCGGCCUCGGGUGAACGCAAGGCUGACAUUCCCUGGAACGGCAUUGGCAAGCUGCACACGGGCGCCAUGAAGUCUUCUGCUGCGAGUGAUGGCAAGGAAGAGUUCUUGUUAAAAUUCAUCAUGGCGCGAGAGGGACAAGAAGCAUUUGUCUUUGGCAUGAAGGACGAAGAGGAUUUGGAUCGUAUCCGUGAUGAUAUUCAAGGUCUGGUCAAAACGUUUAACAUUCACAAGGCAGCUUCAGUUGCAGCAGGUGACAUAAAGCCCUCUUCUGCUCCGACUCGACUCUGGCAAGCAGCUUGGCCUGUGUUUCAGCUCAUCAUGCUGGCGGCAAAAUGGUUCCAGCCCCUCCCCUUGGCGGUAGCAUUACUACUAGUGUCUCUAGCAAGAGAAGCUUUGGAUUCCAAGAUGAGGAGAGCAUUGUCCUUCCCAGUCAGCAUUCGAUGGUGCGCACCAACAGCAAUAAUAAGCCAACCGAAAUCGCAGAUCCAGGAUGUCUUCUCUACUCGGUAG